CACAAUCCAAAUAUCCUUCAUAAUAUACACAUAACCAUGUCAAAAAGGGUGAUCAUAGCUACAAGCCUUAACCUUGUGUUAUGGCUAUUCAUGGCCACGACAGUUUUAGCACAAUCUGAAAAUGAACCAGUUAUUGACACAAAAGGUAACCCUGUUGAGAGUGGAAAAGAGUAUUACAUACAAACACCUUUAACAGAUAUUGGAGGUCGCUUCACUUUGAUAAAUAGAAAUGGUUCAUGCCCUUUAUAUGUAGGUCAAGAAAACACAGAUCUUACAAAAGGGUUACCUGUUAUCUUUUCGCCUUUUGAAACAAAAGAUAAAGUUGUUAAGGUGGAAAGGGAUUUUAAGGUGAAGUUUUCAGCCUCUUCCACUUGUGCACAAUCCACAGAAUGGAAAGUGGGUGAUAGAGACAGAAAGAACGGAAGGAGAUUUAUUAUAACCGGGGCUGAUCGUUAUAACUAUUUUAGAAUUGUGAAGACUCAAGUUCGAGGUAUAUAUUAUAUUGAGUUUUGUCCCUCUGUGUGUGACACUUGUAGGUUUGAGUGUGGUACUUUGGGUACUUUUAAUGAGAAAUUGAAGAUAUUCUUGACUUUGGAUAAUAAUAAUCUCUUGGGUAUUAAUAAUAAGCUCCGGGUUCAGUUUCUUAGGGCAUAAGUUACUUAAGUUUCUAUCUUUUUCUUGUAACGUCUAUUAAAUAAUUGGAGUUAUACAUAUAUAUUAUUAAAUAAGAAGAUAGAAAGAUGCAUGAGUGUCUUUUCUUUCUCUUUAGCUAUAUAUAGAAUAGCUCCAAAAUAAUAUGUGUAAGUCAUCAUCACAUGAACUAUUUUGUAAGAAAAAUAUUAUUGUGCACUAUACUAUAUAGACUAGCCCUAUAGUGGUUGAUUAUCCGUGCAUGAAGGUCUUAUUGUAUGAGAGGUUCAAUGGUAUUCACAAUUA